AUGGCACCUGUCACCCAAGGAGACCACGAUGCUGUCGAAAAGCAACUCAAGCUGGCCAUCCAGGAUCUGUACCAAACCAUGGUCCAGAUCAACGCCUACGACAUCGCCGGACGCGCCACGAAGGAGGUCCUCGAGAUGCAGCUCCAAGGAUUCGCCAGCUCCCUUCGCAAAAUCCACGCCACGGCGACCCGCUCGACAACGCUGCCUUCCAUCCCGCCCGAACUGAUCCAGUACGUCGACAACGGCCGCAACCCAGAUAUCUACACGCGCGAGUUCGUGGAGCUGGCGCGCAAGGGCAACCAGCUGAUGAAGGGCAAGAUGGAGGCCUUUGCUGGCUUCAGGGACGUGCUGGCCGGCGAGAUGGGGCGGGCCAUGCCGGAGGUUCGAGGGGAUGUGGUCAGGGCUGUUGUGGCUACGGGGGGGGAUGCGAGUGUGGUUGGGGAGGAGGGAUGA